AUAGACGCGAACGCCGAAAAUUUCGUUCAUCAACUGAAACACGUUCGAGACGACGCGUACGAGCGUCAACACAUUCCAGAGCAACAACAACUUUUUUCCUUUGUUGGUCCUCGCUUUACACAUUCCAAAAUGGUCGAGGAGACGAUGAGCGAGGAGGUGGAGACCUUCGCCUUCCAGGCGGAGAUCGCGCAGUUGAUGUCGCUGAUCAUCAACACCUUCUACAGCAACAAGGAGAUCUUCCUGCGAGAGCUGAUCUCGAACUCGUCCGACGCCCUGGACAAGAUCCGCUACGAGUCGUUGACGGACCCGUCGAAGCUGGAGAAUGGCAAGGACCUGUUCAUCAAGCUGGUGCCCAACAAGGACGACCGCACGCUCACCAUCAUCGACAGCGGCAUCGGUAUGACCAAGGCCGACCUGGUCAACAACCUUGGCACCAUCGCCAAGUCGGGCACCAAGGCCUUCAUGGAGGCGCUGCAGGCUGGCGCCGACAUCUCGAUGAUCGGUCAGUUCGGCGUGGGCUUCUACUCCGCCUACCUUGUGGCCGACAAGGUGACCGUGGUGUCGAGGAACAACGACGACGAGCAGUACAUCUGGGAGUCGUCCGCGGGCGGGUCGUUCACAGUGCGCCACGACACUGGCGAACCCAUCGGCCGCGGUACAAAGAUCACCCUCCACCUGAAGGAGGACCAGACCGAGUACCUUGAAGAACGUCGCGUGAAGGAGAUCGUGAAGAAGCACUCGCAGUUCAUUGGCUAUCCCAUCAAGCUCCUCGUCGAGAAGGAAAGGGACAAGGAAGUGUCUGACGAUGAGGAGGAGGAGAAAGAAGAGAAGGAAGAGGAAGCAGAGGAAGACAAGCCCAAAAUCGAAGAUGUAGGCGAGGACGAAGAAGCCGACAAGGAGAAGGGCGAAGACAAGAAGAAAAAGAAGACCGUGAAGGAGAAGUACACGGAGGACGAGGAGCUGAACAAGACGAAGCCCCUGUGGACGCGCAACCCCGACGACAUCUCGAAGGAGGAGUACGGCGAGUUCUACAAGUCGCUGACCAACGACUGGGAGGACCACUUGGCCGUGAAGCACUUCAGCGUGGAAGGCCAGCUGGAGUUCCGCGCCCUUCUGUUCCUGCCUCGCCGCGCCCCCUUCGACCUGUUCGAGAACCGCAAGCAGAAGAACAAGAUCAAGCUGUACGUGCGUCGCGUGUUCAUCAUGGAGAACUGCGAGGAACUUAUCCCCGAGUACCUGAACUUCAUCAACGGUGUUGUUGACUCUGAAGAUCUGCCCCUGAACAUUUCCCGAGAAAUGUUGCAACAGAACAAGAUCCUGAAAGUGAUCAGGAAGAAUCUCGUCAAGAAGACCCUUGAACUCUUCGAAGAAAUUGUUGACGACAAGGAGAGCUACAAGAAGUUCUACGAAAACUUCUCCAAGAACCUCAAACUCGGCAUCCACGAGGACUCCACCAACCGCAAGAAGCUCGCCGAAUUCCUGAGGUACCACACCUCUGCCUCUGGCGACGAGAUGUCCUCCCUCAAGGAGUACGUUUCCCGCAUGAAGGAUAACCAGAAGCACAUUUACUUCAUCACUGGCGAGACUCGCGAACAGGUGCAGAACUCUGCUUUCGUGGAGAGAGUGAAGAAACGCGGCUUCGAGGUGAUCUACAUGACGGAACCCAUCGACGAAUACUGUGUUCAGCAGCUGAAGGAAUACGAUGGAAAGCAGCUCGUCUCUGUGACGAAGGAAGGCCUUGAACUCCCCGAGGACGAGGAAGAGAAAAAGAAGUACGAGGAACAGAAGACGAAGUUCGAGAACCUUUGCAAGGUAAUGAAGGACAUCCUGGACAAGCGCGUUGAAAAGGUGGUUGUGAGCAACCGCCUUGUGACCUCUCCGUGCUGCAUCGUGACCUCCCAGUACGGUUGGACCGCCAACAUGGAGCGCAUCAUGAAGGCCCAGGCACUGAGGGACACCUCGACCAUGGGCUACAUGGCCGCCAAGAAGCACCUUGAGAUCAACCCCGACCACAGCAUCAUCGAAACCCUGAGACAGAAGGCCGAUGCUGACAAGAACGACAAGUCAGUGAAGGAUCUCGUGAUGCUGCUGUUCGAGAGCUCCCUUCUGUCAUCUGGCUUCAGCCUCGAGGACCCAGGUGUCCACGCCAGCCGCAUCUACAGAAUGAUCAAGCUUGGUCUUGGUAUUGACGAGGAGGAUGCCCCGAUGGAGGAGGCCGAGACCUUGGAGGAGGAUAUGCCACCCCUCGAAGGCGAUGACGAGGACGCCUCUCGCAUGGAAGAAGUCGAUUAAACAUUCGUCACAAAAAUAUUCACCCAUUAUAUACCAAAGCUAAUCAUUCAUUCAUAAGGGAACCAAAAUACUUCGCUAAUGUUGGUAUAUUUUGGCUUCUCUAGCUUUCAUCAUUCCAAUCACGCCCAACAUUCCAUACGAUUUAAACCAGCAUUAGUUUUAGUUAUAGACAAAGAUAUAUUCUGUUAUAAGGAUUUAUUCUUUCGUUUAUGUAAAUAAUUUGUAACAACUUUGUUACAAUAAAACUAAGACCAUUUA